GUGUUCAACAUCUGCUAAGUAUAUUGUGUGUUGUAUGUGUUGCUUUGCAAUGGCAAACUUCGAGCGGAAACUCCUCUGGAACUGGAACCUCGGCUUCUCCUCCCUCAGGCGCUGGGCCUGGUGGACGUGCAGAUGGGCGUGCAGCGGCGCCGGCUGCAGCACCUGACCAACACCUGCCUGGCCCACCCUGAGCUCGCCGUCCGACAGCACCUUACCCUCGUGUGGGGCAGCGAUCGCUCGCCUCCCACUGUAUACUGUCCCAUCUACAAGGCGGCGUCGACAACAUGGUUCGUGUACUUCCUCCGACUCGCUCACGUGAACGACAACAAUCCCAUUCUGGCUCUAUACAACGAGACAGAGCGGGAGAAGAAGAAGUACAUGCCUCGAUUUGGCGGCGGACACCGACGCGUGUUCGAGGAGUUCCGAGCCCCCAACGCCUCGUGGGAGAAGCACAAGGUGUUCCGCAAGGCUCUUCGCUUCAUCGUGGUCCGGCAUCCCUUCGCCAGGUUGCUCUCCGCAUAUCGGGACAAGAUACAGCGUAGCGACCCACGCCCAUUCAUGGCGUACUUUAAGGACCUGCAGCGAGCUAUCAUUGCCAAGUACCGCCCUACCAACAGCACUGAAGCCUCCGCCACGCCCACAUUCCCCGAGUUCAUUGAGUACUUGAUCGAUUCCACCGCGAACCUGACGACUGCCCAAGACUGGACCGUUAACACGGUGUGCUGGACGCCGUACUGGGUGCAGUGUGGCGUCUGCGCCUCCGAUUACCAGGUCGUGGUCAAGCUGGAGACGAUGGCGGAGGACGAGCAAUUUCUGGCGCAUGUGGCGGACCUGAAGGAGAUCCAGAAAGUGCACGAGUGGAGGAACCUGAAGAAGUUUGCGGUCUCGUCCGUGGACCUGGUGCCGGAGUAUUACAAGAAGAUAACAAAGAAACAAAUAUAUUUGUUAUAUGAGAGAUUUAAACUCGAUUUCCACUUGUUUGAUUACACAAUCGAUGAGUACUUGGACUACGCUUUGGAAAACUAGUAUAUCGGAGAAUUUAAUAAAAACAUUAAGAAUA